AUGUCGUCAAACGCCAACUACGAGCCGGAUGCGAACCCCGGAAGCGUCGGUGCUGGUCCAAUCAUGGGGGACGAUGGAAGUAUCGCUGGUGCGUCCGGGACGUCGACGAACAACGUCGGGCUAUCCCAAGGUGGUCUGAUUGCCAUUAUUGUGGUUGUUUGUGUCGUCACCAUAUUCGGUGUCAGCAGCGCAGUUCUCUUCUUCAUGGCGAAGAAGCAUGAGUGGAAGGUCAGGGAGACCAUCCGACGGUCGGCAAAGAGGGUCGUCACGGCUUUGACACCACGACGCAGCGAGUUCCCCAGAUCAGUCAAGGGAUCUUUCCGAUCAACCCGAUCUCAACAUAAGGGCCGCGUGAGGAUCGAUGAUGUGCCACCAACACCCCGCAUUAAACCCGAACACCUGGAUUUGGAGAAGGGCUUGGAGAAGCCGGAGAAGUCGGGAAAAACACGCAUCAACUUUAGCCGCAAGUGA